ACAAAUUUUUUUAAUCACUGAUUUUUUGUAGGCAAAUAAACAGGCAGUGAAAAUCCAGUCCAUUCAACAAAUAUUACUGAGCAUCCACUGUGGUUUAGGCAGACACUGGAAUGACAGUCAGGUCCAGGACACAGGGAAGCCCAGGGGACAAGGGAACCACAAAGGAAAUGCCUCAAUUCAUCCCAGGUUUAAGAGAUGGCUUCCUGGCUGGGCAUGGUGGCUCACACCUGUAAUCCCAGCAACUUGGGAGACAGAGGCAGGCAGAUCACUUGAGAUCGGGAAUUCAAGACCAGCCUGACCAACAUGGCGCAACUCUGUCUCUACUAAAAAUACAAAAAUUAGUUGGGUGUGAUGGUGUGCACCUAUAAUCCCAGCUAUUCAGGAGGCUGAGGCAAAAGAAUCGCUUAAGCCCAAAGGGUGUAGGAUGGUUGCAGUGAGCCAAGAUCGCACCACCGCACUCCAGCCUGGGUGACACAGUGAGACUCUGUCUCAAAAAAACAAAAAAAAAAAAAUUAUGGCUUCUUGAAGGAAGUGACACCUGAGCUGUCUUCAAGUGUAAUGAGGAGAGGACACGGAGGUGCAGGUUUCAGCUUGUGCAGAGGCACAGGGAUGGAACAGUAAGAAAAAGUCUGGAGCACAGCCAGCAGCUCCUAUGGCCAAAGGGUAGUGACUGAGUUGGAAUGAACAGAGCUGGCAAAGUCGACAGGGGCAGAUCCUCAGACAAGUUCAAGCAGCAGAACAGGGGAGCCACUGAGGGGUUAAGGCAGAGGAGGAGUGACCUAACAGGAUUUGCACCAGGGGCAGAUCUUCUGGUUGCAGAUGAGCCACCAGAGAGGCUAGUGGGAAAGCAGUGGUCAGGAUCCAAACGCAGGAGGCACUAGUGGUGAGGGCAAUGGGAAUAGAGGGUGGCUGACAAUGGAGAUAUUUAUGGGAUAGAUUCAAAAGGCCUUGAUGAAUGUGAGCGGAGGGGAGGUAAGGGGUGCCCCAUUUCUAGCUGCAGACACAAAAUGAAUAGUGGUACCUGUCCCCAAAAUAGGAAACAUGAGAAGAGGAAAAGCACGUUUGGGAUGGAGAGGGUGGGGAAGAGAGGUGGUCCCACCAGAAGGCAGCCAAAAGCAACCCUAUAAGUCAUCCAUAAAGCCAUCAAUCAGCUUGGCAGGUGGGUGAGGCAGGUGGUGUCCUACUGGUUGUGACAUUCCUUGCUGCUCCCUGGUGACAGCACCUGCUUGGACCCUGGACCAAAGUGAGAUACAUACAGGUUCAUCCAACCAUGCCAUAAACGCUGUUAACCACCUGUCCUACACCCUGCACUGGGGACGGAGCAGUGAACACAGGAGACUCCUGCCUUCCUGGGUUUACUAAUGGGAAAGUGAAUACGUGCACAUAAAUAAAUUCUAGGCUACUUCUGAACAUGAGAAGGGCUGCAGAGAAGCAUGAGGUGGGGAAGGGAAGUAGAGAGUGCUGGGAGCGGGGAGGAGGCUUAAACAGGGAAUAAACAGAGAGAAUUAAACAGAGUAAAUAGGCUAGAGAAGGCCUCACUAGAAAAAGUGUUUAUGGCCGGGCAUGGUGGCUCACGCCUGUAAUCCUUGCAACUUGGGAGGCCAAGGCGGGCAGAUUUCCUGAGGUCAGGAGUUUGAGACCAGCCUGGCCAACAUGGUGAAACCCCAUCUCUACUAAAAACACAAAAAUUAGCCGGACAUGGUGGUGCGCACCUGUAAUCCCAGCUACUCAGGAGGCUAAGGAACGAGAAUCGCCUGAACCCCGAAGGCAGAGGUUAGUGAGCUGAGAUCGCCCCACUGCCCUCCAGCCCGGGCAAUAGAGUGAUACUCCAUUUCAAAAAAAAAAAAAAAGAUAAAGUGUUCUUUAAGCAAAGGCUUGAAACAGGUGAGAGAAUGAGUCUGUGGAUCUCCAGGGGAAGAGCAUUCCAGCAGAAAUGCAAACAGUGGUGUGUUUGGUGCAGUGGGAACGGGGUGAAGGGUAAAGUAGCAGGAGACAGUGAGGGACAAGUGGAUAAAUGGUUAGAUUAUGAGUUUUUUCAAGAGAGGCCCAGGGAAAGACUUUUCUUUUAUUCUACAUGAUACUGGAAGCCACUGGGAGGUUCUGGGCAGCGGUGUGACAUGAUCUAAUGUCUGUAGGAGGAAGAUUCAUCUGUGUUGAUGCUUAAUGCUGAUGCUUAGGAGUCAUUGCAAUAAUCCAAGGAGGAGAUGCUGGUGACUGAGGCUGGAGAGGAGCACUGGACGGGUGGGAAGUCACUACCCAAGGAUGAGGCCAUGGAGUGAACCCAGUGUGCUGUGACCGACACACGACCACCAAUGAUGGAAAUUUCCAGAGUAGGGCUUUGGCCACAGAGAAAGGGGAGCAAAAGCAGAUGGCCAGAGCCUGGAAAAGAGAAAGGAGGUUGGGAAUAAGAUAGACUUACAACCUUCAGUCAUCAGAGCUGGGAGAAUCCUUGGAAAGAUAGAUGAUGCAGCCCACUGACUUCCUGUUGCAGACGCGGGGGGCCUCAGUAUGGGCUAGCCCAAAGCCACACAGCAAGUUAGUGGCAGUGCCAGGACUGGGACCAGCAAAGCUGGGCUUCAUUAUCACGCUCCUGUGGGACCUGGGCCCAGCUGGAAUAAUGGAGCCAACAAACCAUAUGGGAAGACAAUGAGCACAGAAAGCACUUUGGGGCACCUCCCAUCAGAGCGGCCAGUUUACAGACAAUUAAACACUCAUUACUCCAAGGUGGUAUUACUGUUCCCAUUUUCCAGAUAAGAAAGGAAGGCCAGUGGCUGGGCAAAGUGACUCAUGCCUAUAAUUCUGGCACUUUGGGAGUCCGAGGCAGGAGGAUCUCUUGAGGCCAAGAAUUUAAGACCAGCCUGGGCAGAAUAGCGAAAUCCCGUUUUUUUACAAAAAGUAAAAAAAAAAAAAAAAAAAAAAAUUAGCCAAGUGUGGUGUCACACACCUGUAGUCCCAGCUACUCAGGAAGCGGAGGCAGUAAAAAGUAAAAAAAAUCCUUUUUUUUUUACACAAAGUAAAAAAAAAAAAAAAAUUAGCCAAGUGUGGUGUUACACACCUGUAGUCCCAGCUACUCAGGAAGCAGAGGCAGGAGGAUCACUUGAGCCUAGGAGUUCGAUGCUGCAGUGAGCUAUGAUUAUGCCACUUCACUCCUGCCUGGGCUACAAAGCAAGACCUUGUCUCAAAAAAUAAAUAAACAAACAAACAAACAAACAAAUAAAUAAAUAAAUAAAAUAAAGUGAGGCACAAAGAGAUUACAGAACCAACCCAAGAGCACACAUACACCUAGAGAGAGGGCAAAUCUGACUCUUAAACACGAGCUUGUCUGUGUGGGCUGCCGCAUCUCCUGGGGUUCUGCUGCCGUAGGACCUGGCAAAGAAGAGAUUCACGUUUUUCAGCUACAGUCUUCAGUUCAUCUAGAAAACGACACUGCCCAGAGAACUGUGCCAGGUCCCCAACAUCUGUGGUUCAAGAAGGCAACGCUACAGGUAAAGACUGGCAGAGUGGAGGCUCCACGCCCUUUCCACAGGUAGGAGAAACGUGCACAGUUGAGGAAAGACUGGCUAUCAGAGUGGUGGGCCCAGGCAGGUGGGCCUGGAACUGCUGGCCACAGGGAGCUACAGCAGGUCAGAGAGAGGGGAAGGGCCCACUAUGACCCAGCGCUUCAAUAACAAUGGGCUUCUGGGAUUGGAGCUGCAGAGCCAGGAGCCCCAGUGCCCUUUCCUCCUCCCACCGCCCACCAAAACAUGGGGUCCAAGAUCUUCUGUUGUUGCCGCAAGGCCAGCGAGGGGUCUUCUACCACUGUUGGCUUUCACAAUCCAAGAAUGUUCCAACAGCAUCAUCCACGGUCCUUCAAUCUGAACACAAAUUCUCUCCACAGUGCUGUACCAAACAGACAUCCACGCCUCCCCUAUGACAACCGCAUGAUGCUCAAGGCGUGCACCCUUAGGAGGCCAUGAGCAUUCUAGCCAGCGGUCCCCAUGUGGUCCCUGAGGCUGCACAGCUGCUGGGCUUCCAUGAGGAAGAGGGCAGUGGACAGGAGCCAUGAAGACUGAUUCAGAAACUCCCCUGCAGGAGGAGAAGACGUCUGAGCCAUCCCUGUGCCACCAUCGAGAGUCACUCCAGCUUCUGAAAAAGCCACCGUGGGGGGAGCUGCCUGCAAUUAAAGUCCUUGGUCACAUCA